ACAUAUGUACAUAAAAUCGAGUACGAUUGUUUGAAUACAUUUUGAGUGGCAAGAGUCGAAAUGAGAUAGAAGCAUACAAAUAAAAUACAGUGAAUGGUUUACCCAAUAAAUGCGUCAUCAUUGCAAGCAAAGUGUUUAGUUGACAAGUAGCAUUCGAAGCGAACGGAUCUAAUAACAUUGGUUAUAUCCAAACUAAGAAAUAGAUUUCAACAGAAUUUUGGUGCACGUGCUUUGUUCUCGAUUCAUUUAAAAAAAAUUACCAUCGUAAAGUGUUUCAUUUUAAAAGGUUUUGCAGUUUUAAUUUAAAAAGAAAUUUAUUUUAUAUCGAACACCAGUAAAAUUGGAUGUGUAUUUAAAAAAGAAACACAAAAAAAUGACCAUGGAUAUAGCCCAGCAAGAAAGAGAAGACAUGAAAAUGUUAUCGCCACGUUUGACAUGUGAAAUGCAAACCAAAGACAAUCCAAUGCCACAAACAAAACAGCCAAGUGUAAAACGUUCAUUUGAUGUGGCAUUUUUAAUGUUACCUGACGAAAAACUUAAAAAUAAGCAUCCCGAAAAACAAGCACGACUACAAUCCGAUGCGAUUGUUACAUAUCGGCCGCAAAUCAAUGUGAAACAUGACGAUGGCCUGCGAAAAAACUGUGAAAAACGAAGUGAACUCAGCAAUGGAAAUGCGAUCAAACAUUUUUCAUCGAAUUUUCUAGCCCAAGCAAACAACAAUAAUAACAAUAAUGAUACAAUCAAAAAUGGACGCUUUUUUCAACAUGAUUUAACAUUUAUCUCACAAGAUUUGGUGAAUCGUGUUAGUGGCGAUGCGCCGAAAAGUGCUUUCACAAAAGUUCCAAAUAUUCGACAAGGUGAUUCACCAAUACCGCCGGCACCAUCACUUAGUCCCGGUCAAUUGAGUUGUCCAUCAACAAGUCCACCAAUUUCAUCAAGCCCACCACAAAAUCCAAUCUAUCCAUUUCGCGCUGAUUAUCAAUUGAUCAAUGGUACACCAUUUCAUACAACGAUCAGUCAAAUGCAGCAAUUGGCACAAAAUGAAAAAUUACGUCAACAUUUUGCGUAUCGUUCGGCGCCGCAUCAACAGCAUCAUAUGCCACAACAAAACGGUGAUCUAGCAUCACAUUCAGGCCAAACACCAUACUUAACAAGCGGAAAUUUUCCAUUUGCUGCCACAACUUCACAUCCAUUUGUCAAUGCACAGCCCGAUCUCAGUGGGAUCGUACGAAAUCCAGCCGCUGCUGCGGCUCUAUUGAGUACAUUAAUUCCACCGACAAUUGCCACAUCAUUUUCAUUGACCGCACAAAAUGUGUGCGCCAAAUGUAAUAUUAGCUUUCGCAUGACCAGCGAUUUAGUGUAUCACAUGCGAUCACAUCAUAAAAGCGAAUAUGCAGGCGAUAUGAAUCGGCGGAAACGGGAAGAAAAGCUAAAAUGUCCCGUUUGCAAUGAAAGUUUCCGUGAACGACACCAUUUGACGCGGCAUAUGACAGCACAUCAAGAUAAAGAAAGCGACGAAACCGAUAAUGUUCAAGUACAACGUCGCCAAAAAUGAUACGUGUGGUGAACGCUAACCAAUUUAGGCUAGUCAUUCAAUACAAAACAAGAAGAAAAAGAAUCAAUUUUCUUUGAUCUCAAAUUCAAUUUAUAACGGAACAAAAAAAAAAGAAAAUUUUAAAUUUGAUUUAUAAAAAAAAGAGGAAACAACAUGUCCAACAUAAAGCAAUUCUAUCUAUACCAUAUUCGUACUCUGUUGUAAGAAUGAACAAAAAAUAAGUUAUUGAUAACAUCUAUAUUGUGAUAAAAUCAUAGCAAAAUCAUAUGGGCCGAGAAAGUAGCCGAUGAAUGAUUUUUGGAAAUAUAAAGUUGUUGUUUUUUCCUUCUCUUUCUCUUGGAAAUAAUAAUUCAACUUUGUGUGAACGGAAUUCAUUUCGGACCGUGUGAAAAGCAAAUUUGUACAUUUUAAUUUUAUUUCAAAGGAAAAAGUGUAUAGUUUUCACCAAACAUACGCUAAUCAAUUUAUUAAACAAAAUGAAAU